AUGAAGAGCGCUUUGGUCACAGCUGCCGCCCUGCUUGGGUCCGCCCAGGCUGGCGUGCACAAGAUGAAGCUCAACAAGAUCCCUCUGUCUGAGCAGCUCGCUGGUUCUUCCAUCGAGGAGCAAGUUCAGGCCCUUGGCCAGAAGUACCUAGGCUCUGCCCGCCCCGACUCGCGCGCCGAUGUCAUCUUCAACACCCAGGCACCCAAGUCUGAUGGCAUCCACCCCGUACCUGUUUCCAACUUUAUGAAUGCCCAGUACUUCUCCGAGAUCACCAUUGGCACUCCUCCCCAGACUUUCAAGGUUGUUCUCGAUACCGGCAGUUCCAACCUCUGGGUUCCUUCCAAGUCAUGCGGCAGCAUUGCGUGCUACUUGCAUUCUACUUACGACUCUGAUGCGUCGUCCACCUACAAGAAGAACGGUUCUGAGUUCGAGAUUCACUACGGUUCUGGCAGCUUGACUGGUUUCGUCUCCCAAGAUGACUUCACCAUUGGCGACCUGGAGGUCAAAGGCCAGGACUUUGCCGAGGCCACCAGUGAGCCUGGUCUGGCUUUUGCCUUCGGCCGCUUUGACGGUAUUCUCGGCCUUGCUUAUGACACCAUCUCUGUCAACGGGAUCGUGCCUCCCUUCAAUCAGAUGGUCAACCAGAAGCUUAUUGACGAGCCUGUCUUUGCUUUCUACCUCGCUGAUGCUGAGGGCGAGAGCGAGGCUGUGUUCGGAGGUGUCGAUAAGGACCACUACAAGGGCGAGAUUGAGUACAUCCCUCUGCGCCGCAAGGCUUACUGGGAGGUCGACCUCGAGAGUAUCGCGUUUGGUGAUGAGGUUGCCGAGCUUGAGGACACUGGUGUCAUUCUGGACACCGGAACAUCCCUGAACGUCCUCCCUAGCUCUCUCGCUGAGCUGCUCAACAAGGAGAUUGGGGCUAAGAAGGGAUACAAUGGCCAGUACACUGUUGACUGCGCCAAGAGGGAUUCUUUGCCCGACAUCACCUUCAACCUGGCUGGCUCCAACUACAGCUUGCCAGCAUCUGACUACAUUCUCGAGGUCUCCGGCAGCUGCAUCUCGACCUUCCAGGGCAUGGACAUUCCUGCCCCUGCUGGUCCCCUGGUUAUUCUCGGCGAUGCUUUCCUGCGCCGUUGGUAUUCCGUGUAUGAUCUCGGCAAGAACGCCGUUGGUCUUGCUCGCGCAAAGUAA